AUGGAGACAUGCUACCAUGGAGGAAGCCUACCAGAGUCUAGCUUGUUUGUUGUCGCCAAGGACUCUGUAAGACCUGGUGGAACAGGAGACAAGACUGAGAGUCAGCUGAAGAGAGAGAAGGAAAGGGCCAAGAAGAAGAGCCUGGGCGAAUCAGUAAAAAAUCCUGACGUGAACGAAGAACAUCGCUACACCGGACGAACUACUACUAAGUUAAUCAAAUGGACAGGCAAACAGCCUCCAAAGCACGCCAACGGAAGGGAACUGUGCCUCAUUUGGCACACAAAGGGCGAAUGCAAGGAGAACUGUGAACAUGAUGCUGCACCAGAUAUUGAUAAGCUUCCGCACCCCGCCGCACCAAUGCUACACCGAGUAAUGAAAAAUGGGGCUCCUGUGGUGGUUCAUUCGGAGCCAUGGAGCCAGAGCCAACUCGACAUGCGAGUCGCUCAGGGCUGUCACUCAUCAGCAAACGAAUUCAAAGAGUUUCUGAUGGAGGAGUUUUUGGAUUUUGGAAGGAAGGGAUUUUGGAUCCUACUUCCAUAUGACACCAUCAAGGACGAGAAAGGACUUCGCCUUUCUCCAAUUGGCUGCAUACCACAAGAUAACAGAAGACUGCGGAUGAUUGUUGAUUAUUUGUUCUGGGGACUCAACAACGAGACAAUGAAACUUGCCCCAGAGGGAGCUAUGCAAUUUGGCACGGCCCCACUACGCAUCCGCGAGGCACUCAUGAAGGCAAACCCGGACUAUGGGCCAGUUUACAUGUACAAGAACGACAUGUCGGAUGGUUUCUAUCGCAUCCGACUGUCAACUACCGGCGCACUCAAGCUUGGGGUCAUUUUACCGCGUUUUGAGGGACUUCCACAAUUGGUUGCACUACCACUUGUGCUUCCAAUGGGUUGGCUGGAAAGUCCUCCAUGGUUCUGUGCUUUCACGGAAACCGUUGCCGACUUGACAAAUGUUGACUUGCAACAAAACAAGCGAGUGCCACCGCAUCCUUUGGGAAAGGCAGCAGCCAUCACUGACUUUGAAGUGAGGGACGCACAAGUAGUGAGACCUAUACCAAAAUCUCACCAGCCACUGACUUACCAGCGCCCAUUGAAGAAGAUGGAAGUAUUUGUGGACGAUUUUGUUGGCAUGGGCCAAGACCAUCCAAGCAAUCCCUUGACAAAUCAACGAGCCGUCCUCAGCCACAACAUUGACAAGGUCUUCCGACCGAAUCGACCCACAGACAAUCAGUGGCGAAAAGAGCCACAGUCACAAUCGAAAAUGGCCAAGGGAGAUGCCUCAUGGCGGGAUUGGGGGCCAACAGCUAGUAACAACUGUCAGCCCAAAAACAUCAUUGAAACUCUUUUAGGCCCCAUUGGAGUCUGCGAAAUCCAAAGCGAUUGA